AUGGCGGACACUGUCUCGAAGCAUCGAGCUGAGUUUGCCUUUGCCCAGAUUGAGAACGAGAGUUCUCUGACGUCUCUGCGUGACGAGCUAAGGGUAGCUCGUGGAAUUGUUGAUCGGUCUCGGGAUGAGAUAGCUGCUCUUUAG